AUGGCGGCAACUCUCCCACGGGGAAUGGAACAUAUCGAUCGCAGGGAACUCUUCACUUCCCUGCCCGCCAGGAUACAUUAUCUCCACGAAUUCCUUGAAUUCGGUCCAGGUAAAGAAAAAUCCAAUCAAGCCCCUCUCCUCUUCCGUCCCUCCAUGAAGACAAAAGAAAAAAAUUUAGUUCACAAUACUGACAGAUCCUCUUCCUCAACAGACGACGUCGAAGCCCUCGUCUCGGGCCAGAAAUACAUCAAGCUCGUGAUCCCAGCCAUCGUCAACCUGGUCUACAAGAAACUCCUCCGACACGACAUCACGGCGCGCGUCUUCAGCAACCGCGACAGUCGCAGCGAGGAAAAUCCGGAAGAGUGGGCGACGGAGAACAGCAAUGCGAUUGAGAAUCGGAAGAUGUUUCUGCGGUGGUACCUGACCAAGCUGAAUAGCGAUCCGACCAAGAUGGAAUAUUGGGAAUACAUGGACAAAGUCGGGUGAGAAACAACAAGAGCUCCAUCACAUCGCGAAAGGUGUGGGGGAGGGAAAAAGCUAAUUGGAGAUCUUUCUUCAUUCAGAUUGAUGCACGUCGGCCAAGGGCGCAGGAAUCCUCUCCAUGUGGAUUACAUUUUCCUCGGUGCCUGUUUAGGUUACAUCCAGGACGCACUGAUGGAGGCAAUCCUCUCCCAUCCGAAACUGCAUCUGCAAAGGAAAAUCGCCAUUGUCAAGGCCGUUGGCAAAGUCAUCUGGAUUCAGAGCGACUUACUUGCGAAAUGGCACCUGAAAGACGGCGCCGAGUACAGUUCAGACGAGACGUCCACGGCACUGGAAGAACCGGAAGGCUACCUCCACGGAAAGAAGGUUCUCGGGAAUAACAGCGAUGAGAGCAGUAUCUCCGGCGACGAUUCCUCGAUCCACACCAGCCCGAGCGGCAAGACAAGUCUCGGCCGUGAUGUAGACGACGUCGAUAUGGGCGAGAUGCGAUGUCCUUUCAGCGGACUAGCCCGAGGCGACCAGAGAGCGGAGAUGACAAGACCAGCGAUGAAGGAGAUGUUGGACGAAACAAGAAUGCAUCCCGUCACACCUCCUACUGGGAAGACGGUGUGCAAGGACAUGUUGGAAAAGGAUCCUUGGGGAAAGGAUGUCGGACAGAUGUUUGGAUGA